UGCACAGCUGGAACUAAACUGCUGCUCUGUCAGGGACCCAAGUUUUCCAGUAUCAACCUUAUGAAGUUCAGCAGGAAUGUUGGGUGUCUCAAACGUGCUAACCACUAUCACGUCAAACCAAACGAAAGUUGUAAACUGUCCAGCUUCACCCCCAGUCUACAAUGCGGAAGGUUGUUGAGCACCGUGGUCCGAGCAUGUCCACUGCUUUCGAUUAAGCCGAUGCGGGGACUUGUGGACGAGAAGCUUCAGAUCGUCGUGAGGAAUUUAAGACCAAAACAAGACGUGACACUUCACUCUGUACAUCAGUCAGAAGAUAAGGAUUUUUGGGGACAUUAUGUCAGCGAUGACAAUGGCACCGUGACCGUGGCAAAGGACGCCAGUCUGAGCGGCACCUAUGUAGGUGUGGAGGCCAUGGGACUGAUGUGGAGUCUUCGGCCAGUGCCAGGGAGUCGAGCAGGACUGAGAUUACGAAAGAAAGAUGUCCUGUCACCACUGGUAUUCCACAUUUCUGUGCAUGAUGGACAUGUUUCUCAGGGUUUUACUCAGCUCACGCCAUUAGAGAGCCUUGUUAUAGAGCGAUGGUACAUGGCUCCAGGUGUACAAAGACUCGAUAUCAGAGAGAGAGGUGUUCAAGGAACUUUGUUCAUACCUCCAGGCCCUGGCCCAUUCCCUGGUGUGCUGGAUAUGUGGGGAGGGGGUGGUGGACUGGUGGAGUAUCGAGCCGCCCUCCUGGUUUCACAUGGCUUUGCUUCGAUGGCGCUGGAGUAUCUGACUCCUGGUGAAUUAAAAAAACUAAAGGCUGAUGUCAAUUACUUUGAGACAGCAUAUCAGAUCCUGCAGAAUCAUGGCAUGGUGCAGAGGGACAGAUUGGCUCUGUGUGGUCUCUCGUUUGGUGGUGCUGUCGCCCUCUCUAUGGCUGCCUACUCAAAAAUCAUUAAGCCCCAGUGUUGUGUGUGCAUCAGUGGCAGUCAUAUUCCGCUCAUCAAAAAGUCUUUGGAUGAAACCUUUGAGGACGUAAUGAAAUAUAGAAGUAAAAUUCGGAUAGAGAACAAUCAGGUCAUCUGGAGAGAUGUUGCCCUGCCCAUCACAACAGAUCCCACCUUGAAAGUGGAUGUUGGACAGAUAACAUGUCCAGUGCUGUUAGUGGUCGCUGGUGAUGAUCAGAACUGGCCCACUGUGGAGUCUGCUGAAGAUAUACAACAGAUAAUGGAAAAGGCUGGAAAUCAUCACCUGCUCCAAGUCCACAUCUACCCUGGUGCAGGUCACCUAAUUGAGCCGCCAUACUCGCCACACCACCGGGCCACAAACUUCAGAGUGCAAGGCAAAGGGAAAGCGCUCAUGCUCUGGGGUGGACAGGCCAAACCACAUGCAGAUGCCCAAGAGGACUCAUGGGGAAAAAUUCUGACCUUUCUACAGGAACACCUGUAUCACGCUACCUCAUAGGCAAAACUACUUUAGUGGUGCAUUUUUAAUUAAAUUAAAAGCUCUUAAAUGGUUUAUUCACUAUAAAAUAAGCUUUAUCCACUGUGACCUGUAUUAGUACAUGAAUGAAGGUAUGUUUUGUGAAAAUCACUAAUAAUUGCAUUAUAAAUUGUAACAAUGCACAAUAAACACCUUGUUAAUACCUUGAUGUGCAGAUUAACCUAAACGAACAAUCAAAUUCAUAUGUUGUAUGUGAGGUGGGCACACAACAUGGCGCCGCAGAUGACGACACUGGUGUGGAGUUCUUUAAUGUUUGGUUUGUUUAUCCAUAGUUGUGUUGUCACAUGUGAACCAAACAAACUCAUAUACAGUGCAGAAGUUUUCUUAAAUAUCAGGCAGUCCAUGCCAUGCGGUAUAGACUCGUGGCUCAU